CAUCACCUGGUUCCUUCUAAUGCUUAUUCUCCCCAGGAACGAUCCCUGGUUGUGGUUGUUCUCCGUCGUCGCAGGCAUCUUCUUCUUCUGAAAGAGAAACAGAAAGGAGGAAAGAAAUAAGAUUAGAGGUGUAAAGAAGAAGAGAGAACGCGGGAGUUAUAUAAAUGGCCUAUUUUUAUGGUCAGAGGGAGUGCUGUCGUAAGACCAGACCGUUUCUCUUUUCUUUUUUUGGGUCUACGCUGAUUCGGUAUUCUCUCCUCUUCUUCCCGCAAUGCCCUUCCCUUCUCUUCCUUUUUACAAACGUAUGGUGCAGAAGAAUUCAGGAAGCUAGGGAACUAUACCUGCUGUGCAAUCAUCACUCUGAUCAUCAUGCUGUUUAGUCAAGACCCUGCGAUUUCUCAUGCAGCAAGGGCCUACUGCAUACACCUGAUUCCUGCGCUCUUCGGCUACGCGGUACUUCAGUCCCUUAUCCGUUACUUCCAGACUCAGAGUAUGAUCUUUCCCAUGGUCUUCACUUCAAUUGCAUCUCUCUGUAUGCAUGUUCCUAUUUGUUGGUUUCUCGUCUUUAAAUCUGGGAUGGGUCACGUUGGUGCCGCGUUAGCCAUUGGAAUUUCUUAUUGGAUCAAUGUUAUCGCUCUUGGUUUCUAUAUCCAGUAUUCUUCGGCUUGUUCAAAAACCAAGAUUGUGUUUUCUAGAAACGCUUUGCUUAGCAUUGCAGAGUUCUUCCAAUAUGCUAUCCCCUCUGGACUCAUGUUUUGUUUUGAAUGGUGGUCAUUUGAGCUGCUUACGUUGCUUGCUGGACUCUUGCCUAAUCCGCAACUCGAAACCUCGGUUCUUUCGGUCUGUACAAGAGUUUCAAAUGAAUUAGGAGCAGGGAAUCCAAAGUCAGCUCAAGGGGCGGUUAGAGUGGUUGUGAUCAUAGGCAUUGCAGAGGCGUUCAUUGUCAGCACUUUCUUCAUCUUUUUCCGGAACAUAGUAGGAUAUGCUUACAGCAAUGAUGAGGCAGUUGUGGACUAUGUUGCUAGCAUGGUUCCCCUUCUUUGCAUGUCAGUUAGUGCAGAUAGCAUAAUGGGAACACUUUCUGGGGUUGCAAGAGGUGCAGGAUUUCAGCAGAUAGGAGCUUAUGUAAAUCUUGGAGCCUAUUACCUUGUUGGGGUUCCUCUAGCGUUGUUCUUGGGAUUUCAUCAACCAAAAGCUAAAGGGCUUUGGAUGGGAAUGAUAUCAGGUUCAUGUGUACAAGUAAUCAUUCUUGCUGUUGUAACAGCAUUAACAGAUUGGCAGAAAGAGGCGGAGAACGACGGAGACAUCAACAGACUGAACGAGACGUCGCACUACGUCGGGGCGGUCGACUUCAAGAGGCCUCGCCUUCUACUGCUCCGCGAGUCAGCUAUACCCUUCCUCCACCGGACGCCAUCGUCCCGUAUCUGACUGAGGCCGGAUUCGGCGACACGGUGCCCCUCAGGGACUUCACUUUUGACAAUUCCCUAAUUUCGACACUCGUAGAGCGAUGGCGUCCGGAGGCGCACACGUUUCAUCUCCCGUGGGGUGAGGUCACCAUCACCCUGCAGGACAUUGCGUACCACCUAGGCCUAGGCGCACACGGGAACCUCGUUGGGGGUGCCUUCGUGACUUCAGUAGAUGGUACCAGACGGAGACGUGGGCCAUGGUGGAGCAGCUACUUGGUGCUAGGCCUUCAGUGGCGGUACAGCAGGCUGCGCAGAAGAAGGAGUCCUUCACGCUGAAGCUAGGGGUGGCAGGAGUACCCGAACCUGCGGGUACCCGCCCUGCCCCUACCCGAUCG